AUGGACCCCGCACGCGCCCCCGAGCACUCAGAUGCGCCUCUCGCCUCCCCGGAGGCGGAUCCCCCUUCCAAGAGACGCCGCACGGGCGCCUCCGCCCUGCCGGACAUUGCUCCCCUUGUCGGCGCAUCGGCCAAUGCGAUCAGCGCCGAUUGUGAUCAUGCCUUUGCCUUGGCGGUGGCCGAGUCCGUCACCGGCCGGUUCCGUCGUCUGCCUAAGACAGGCAAGCCGCAGGCGCACGAGGCCACGAUCCUGGCCGGCAUCUGCGUGACGACUGGUCCCUGGGGCCCGGGCUCGGGGAUCGGCCGCCGCCCCCUGGCCGUGGCGCUGGGCACAGGCACCAAGUGCCUGGCGGCGAGCAGGCGCUGUGCAGAAGCUGUGGGCGACGCACACGCGGAGGUGGUGGCGCGGCGGGCGUUCUUGUGCUGGGUGCUGGACGAGAUGGAGAGGGCAUCGCCCAGGGCAACAGAUGGCGCCGAGGGCGGGGACGGGCCCCCAGGGAGGGGCACGGAGACCGGCGCCUUCCUGUACGACGCGUCGACGGGUAAAUUUGAUCUGAGGGAGGGCGUCCGGUUCCACAUGUUUGUCAGCCAGCCGCCGUGCGGGGACGCCAGCAUCUUUGCGCUGGAUCCAACUACAGGGGGGUGGGACGGAGGAGGCAAAGAGGUGGACGGUUUGGCAGGCAGCCAAACCGUGAAUGAAGGAAUGGAAGGGACCCGGGAGGGGCGCUACUCGCGCACGGGGGCCAAGGUGAUCGGCGCGUCGUUUGAUGAGGUUAGCAGGGGCCGGGGUAGUCUGGAGGCGCUGCUGAGGCUGGUGCCCGCCGCGGCGGACGUGGAGGACGCGGCGGGGCCACAGGCGACGGGCGUGCUGCGCAGAAAGCCGGGCCGGGGGGACCGGACGCUGUCCAUGAGCUGCAGCGACAAGAUGGCGCGGUGGGGCCUGGUGGGACUGCAGAAGAAGGGGAUGAUGGGGAUCCUCAGGGCGCCGCUGACGCUGAGCAGCGUGGUGGUGGCGAUGCCGCAGGGAGCGGGAUCGGCGGCGGAGAUGGAGGCGGGAAGGGAGGCGCUGGCCAGGGCGCUGGUGGGCCGCGUCCAGACGCUGGCGCCGAGGCUACGGCCGCCCUUCAGGUGGUCGCCGCCGUCCGUCUUUGUCGUUGCCCCGCUGCCCACCGAUCUUCCCUUUGCGGCCAUCGACGAGAGAAGGGUGCCCAGCGGAUUUGCCAUCAACUGGUCCGCAGAGACCCGCCUUGUGCCUUCCUCAACCGCUGAUCAAACUUUAACCCCGCCCACCUCUCCAUCUGUCCACCAUGUGCCAAGCGAAAGGCCUGUACCACAUGCCUAUGGUGGAGAGCACCAUGCUGACAGCACUACCUGCAUGAAUCCCCUUGCCACCUCCAACAGAUCAUCAGAUAUGUCCCCGGGGGCUGAUUCAAGUCAGCCAGCGACAACCACUCUGCAAAACAGCAGAGUCCCCAAUGGUUGUGCGGGCUACUCCUUUAAAGUGGCAGGCUGCGUUCACGAGGUGACACUUGGCGUGACAGGCAGGAAGGCUGGCAUGACGCACAAGACAGCGGCGCGCUCGUCCAAGUCCACGUCUAGAAUCUGCCGAGCCGUGCUUUCAGAGCGUAUUGGGCAGCUUCGGACGAAAGGUGCAGCCACAAUGGGUGACAGAUAUGGCAGGCACUGCGAUCCCCAGCAGGAGCAAUGGUUGGCACUGCUGAAACCUCUGUCUCCAAUCGAGGGCUGGAUUAGGAAGCCUGAGAGUGAUCCUGGCUGCACUGGGGCAAGGAUGGAAGGGGCAACAAAAGAACACCAAAGCCAAACAGAGCAGUGA